GAUGAAUCUGCAAGGAACAAUGAUGAAUCUUUCAUUUUACACAUUUGACAGAUUUCCCCCGCAUUUCGCUAUCUCUCCUACUUAGCCUUAAUUCCAACCCAAGUAAAAGUAGUUUUCUUUAACUACUAGUGAAAUCAACAUGUUUAUUUCUUGAUUCUUGACCACACUAACAACCCGAACAGUCUCCACAAAGAACUUAGAAGGGAAAAGAAAGAAUCGAAGGCGGCAGGUCUUAAUGUUGAACAACCCAGAAAUGCAUGGCGUGUGAGAAGACAGUCUAUCUCGUUGACAAGUUAACCGCAGAUAAUAGAGUCUACCACAAAGCGUGUUUCAGAUGCCACCACUGCAAAGGCACCCUCAAGCUUAGCAACUAUAACUCCUUCGAGGGAGUUCUAUAUUGCAGGCCACACUUUGAUCAACUCUUCAAGAGAACUGGUAGUUUGGACAAAAGCUUCGAAGGGAUACCAAAGAUUGAGAAGCCAGAUAAACCUGUCCUCAACGGGAAACCGCUAGCAAAUAAAGUUUCAAGCUUUUUUGUUGGAACAAGAGAGAAAUGUGUGGGCUGCAAGAGUACUGUCUAUCCAAUUGAAAAGGUCUCGGUGAAUGGCAGUGCAUAUCACAGGAGCUGCUUCAAAUGCAGCCAUGGAGGGUGUGUGAUUAGCCCAUCCAACUACAUUGCAUAUGAUGGCCGCCUAUACUGCAAACACCACCAUAUUCAACUUAUCAAGGAAAAGGGCAACUUGAGCCAACUUGAGGGAGAGCAUGAGAAGAAUUUGGUCAGAGUGAUGGAAAUUGCUGCAGAAUAGUAAUUUGAACGGUAUUUUGGACUGUUACUCAGCUUUAAAGCAGUUAAUGAGCUACACAUUCCAGCACUUCCCAUCCAUGUUACUUUUAGCUGCCUGCAUUUCAUUCAUGUUUAUAAAGUUAGAAGUAAAAUAAUGAUCAAGUGAUGCUUGUUACUUGUUUACUACCUUCUAGCCUUGAUUUAUGUCAAGGAAUUACGAUGUUCAAAGGAAGAUUCUUUGAAUGAUAUAGUAUAGUAACAUGAUGGGUCAAGUUUCA